GAAAAAAACCACCUUAUGAUCAGUUAAAACCACCAUCUUACAUCAAAAUUUAAAUUUAAAGUGCAUGUAUUGAAAUACGGUAAAAUAUUUAGAAGUAGACGUAUAAAUAGUGGGAAUAUCCCUUAAACAGCUUUGAGCUAUAUCAUAGUUUACAUAAUGUAUGAAAAAAAAAUAUACUACGAAACACCAGAAACACACUGAGCUACUGUCUAUUCAGUGUGAACCACUUAUAUUAUUUAAAAAACAACCUUGUUAUGUUAUGUAACAAACACGGAAGUUUACUAUUAAGUUCAUUUUUUGGAUACAAUGACCUUACACACCAUGAGCUGACAGUUAACAGAGUAAAAAAUGUACAUAACAAGUAUGUGUUUGGAACAAACAAUCGAAGUGGAACGGCCGAAUUAGACAGAUAACGAUAACAAAGAACGCCAUUACCAACGUUUCUCUGUGCAGAGAUUGAUUUAGAAAUGGACAAUUGACUGGAGAAGUGAUUUACCUGAGGUUUACGCGGGAGGAAUGUCAAUAAACUGCACCUAUAGGUGAAUGCAAUGUCGACAAGUUCCCAACCAUAAACAGUUUUAUGUUUUUACAGGUGGUGUACCCACAGAUGGCCACUAACACUACAGAUGAAGAAAUCCAUUUACCCUCACCUACAAGCGAAAAAGUGACCACCAGACCCAGCUCGGCGCUGAUGGAGGACCCAGUCUUUUUGGCCAUCACAGGUGUGAUUCUCUGUUUUGGGAUUAUCUUUCUUCUGAGAACGGUUGUUAAUCAAAUCAAAAACCGACGGUCUCGACACCACCGUCACAGAAGUCCAGAUCCGCAAAGAAUCUCCCGAAAUGUCCCCUCCAGGACCUCAUUUAUAGACGAUCCCCCACCCUACCCCGGGAAAUAUUCUAAAACCAACAUCAAUUACCUCCCCUCCUAUGACUCGGCCAUAAAAAUGGCACCCGAGUUGCUCAUGUGCAAUAUUGAUGAGAUGAAUCAGUCUAUAAAUUUUCCCGUGCUGCAUGAAAACACAGAGGACAAUAGUGGGAAUAUCAGUGACCAUGAAAUCAGAGGAGACGGGGAGUUGUGCAACAUGGACCAGUUUGUCCCUGUGUCGUUAGACCCCGGGAAUGUAAGAGGAAACAGAAGCUCGGAACACUUCGAUACCUCUCUCGAUGAUGAGCUGGACUAUUCAGCAACAAAUGUUAACGAUUCUAGAGAAGAAGCAGUUACAAAUGUCUGUCAGCAAUUAGAUGCUGAGGGAGACACGAGGGGUGAUACCUUAAAUGUGGCUUCUUCUGUAAAUAUAGAAAACAGUGGAUAAUUAUGUCUUAAUUUAUUUAAUUGGUAUUUUAAUAUUGAUCUCUGGUCGAUAAAAAGUCGUGAUUUCAUUAGAAAAAAUUGUUUGUUUUGAGAAUUUCAUCAUGUAACUACAUCAGUGGAGUUUAUGUUGUUCUGGUUUGAAAUAUUAAGAUUGAAUGAGGAAUCAGAAAGACGAUAACCAAAAGCUUUUUGUUGACAAACUGAAAAUGUUUAACGUUGCUAACAUUAAAUAAACAUCCUCAGUCAUGUUGAGUAUACUGUUUAUAUGUAUCAUCAAAUUGUUACAAAUAAAAUGCAUGAACAUGUAUUUUAGUAACAAAAUUGACAAUUAUGGACAUUUUUAUUUUAUAUAUGUACAUUACUUAUUGACAGAAUACUCCGUAAACAAACAGCUUCAUAUCUCAAAGACACGUUAAACCUUGUUGCCACACAGAUAAUUGUGUUUUUUUUCUAACACCGUAAUAAAUUGAUGGAGCCGUUUUCAGUUUCUUUAAUAUCAAGUUUAUUUUAUGCCAAACAGGUGUUAGUAACUUUAAAGUAUUAAGUAAGUAGGUGAUUGUUGACUGUUUAUAUUCAAAAUUCUGCGAUUGAAUAACUGUUUUGAAUCAGAUCAAAAACUUAGAAUUAUUCUUUAAAAUAUAUUUUAAUCGUCAAUUUUGUUAUUAAAAUAUAUGUCGAAAAGUUAUUAUUUUCAGCCGACACCUUGGAGCUAUAAGUUCAUUUAUACAAUUGUUGUUUUUUUUUUAAUGUAUGCAUAAUUCAAAUUUAAAUUAUACUAUAAGUUAAUUUCUGGACAUUGCUGCAUUACAUUUUUUAUGUACAAUACUUGAACACAUUUACUUUUGAAUACUUGUAAGUGUUAUCACGCUGUACUGUUCUGUUCUGUUCUGUCGAUGUACAAGAUACUUACUCACCCCUGCGAAUGUGUUCGGAAAGUUUUCUUUAUCGUUGCAAGUAUGUAAUAAAUCCAGUGGUGCUCGAAUGAAAGUUCACGGGACUUCCCCGAGAUUUGUUCUGUUUCUUAAAAUACGUAAAUACUGGUCGUUUUUCAUAUCCUAUCCUACUUUGAUUUAUGUUAAAACAUGAAAAUCGUUUAAGAUGUAUGUCUUAUCUCACCAUCUAGCGGUUAUUUAUAUCAAACGAUGAUAUUCAGUACAGAGUUAUCGUUCGUGUUCAACCACGUGUAUAUUGGUUGAAAAUAUAAGCAUUGGGUUGCUUAAUAAAAUCAUAGCCAUGUUUGAUACUUGUGGUGUGCAAUAUUAGUUUUUAAAAACAAUAAUGGGUGUCUGUUUCGCAUAAAAUCUUAGUAUAUCAAGCCAUUUUCAAGGAACAUACUGUAUAAAAUAGUAUAGUCUGUUUCACUAUUGAUGAUAUUACUAGUUCAGACGCGGAUCGAAAACUAAUUCUCAGGGGGAUCUCUACAUAGCAUGUUAAUUGUUGCAACAGCAGACAAAAACUAUUUUUUUUAUUGUCACAUUUAAUUCUAGAACACAUUUUAUCCAUCAAUUAAUGAAGAUAAAGUUUAAAAUCAAGAAACCUCUAGAUUUUAUAUUUGACUACAAGUACCAAGAUUCUAUGAAAUAGACUAUAAACACGAGGCACGAUUUUUACUGCGAAACUGAAAGGGUCAAAUAAAACCACGUGGUCUAAAAUUUAAAUGACAAUAACAUUCGCAGGGGUGUUACUAUUCAAGCAUAUUUCACGUUAUUUGAGGAGAAUUAAAAUAUCUGCAGUUAUA